AUGUCAGAACAAGAAAACAGAGCUAUAGUAAUAGAUAAUGGAUCAGGUAUGGUUAAGGCUGGAUUUACAGGAGAAGAUACACCCAGAGUAAUAUUCCCCUCGAUAGUAGGUAAACCUAAACAAAAAGCUGUAAUGGUUGGUAUGGGACAGAAGGAUAUUUAUGUGGGUGAUGAAGCACAAGAAAAGAGAGGUAUUUUAGAACUUAAACACCCAAUUUCAGAUGGAAUAGUUCAUGAUUGGGAUGAUAUGACUAAAAUAUGGUCACAUUGUUUCUAUAACGAAUUAAGAGUUGAUCCAAAAGAUUCUUAUGUGUUGUGUACUGAGGCACCAUUAAAUCCUUCUAUUAAUAGAAUCAAAAUGUGUCAGACAAUGUUUGAUGAAUUUGAAGUAGGAGCAUGGUAUGUUCAGAUUCAAGCUGUAUUAAGUUUGUAUGCAUCGGGUAGAACUACAGGAUGUGUUCUUGAUUCAGGUGAUGGUGUUACACAUAUUGUUCCUGUAUAUGAAGGAUAUUCAUUACCUAAGGCCAUUAGAAGAUUGAAUUUAGCAGGAAGAGUGAUAACUAAAAACCUUGAGACACUUCUUCACGAGGUUGGAUUAGACUUUGUUACAUCAGCUGAAAGUGAAAUUGCUAGAGAAAUCAAAGAGAAGAUUUGUUAUGUAGCAAAGAACUUUAAUGAGGAAUCUAAGAAGAAUGAUGAUGUUGAGUAUCAAUUACCAGAUGGAUCUAAAUUUAAGAUUGGUUCUCAGAGGUUUAGAGCACCAGAAGUUCUUUUUACACCAAGGCUUAAUGAUAGUGAGCAUGAAGGAAUUCAUCAGUGUCUUAAUGGCGCAAUACAGAACUGUCCAGUCGAUGUUAAGAAAGAUCAAUAUGGAGCAAUUGUAUUGUCAGGAGGUACAACAUUAUUGAGUGGAUUCCCAGAAAGAUUAGAGGAUGAAAUUGUCAAAUUAGCACCAUCAGGUACUAAUGUACAGAUAAUAGCACCAAGUGAGAGAAAAUACACUGUAUGGAUUGGAGGUUCUAUUUUAUCUUCUCUUAAUACAUUUAAUGAUUUAUGGAUAACAAGAGAAGAGUAUAGAGAUCAUGGAGCAGCUAUUGUUCAUAGAAAAACAUUUAGAUAA